AGAAAUAGCUUGUGAAACAAGAAACACUCCUUCGAACAGCAUGACAGACAAGACUGAGCCAUGUUCGCCAAUUCAGGUAUCCCAAACAAAGACUGAUGAAAACAUGGCCGCAAACACAGCAAUUCAUGAAGAUGGUAAAGAAGAAAGACGAGUUUUAUUGGAUGCAGAUGCUGCUGUUGUGAUACAAACUGCUUAUCAUGGUUAUCUAGUACGAAAAUCACAGCCAUUAAAGAAACUGAGGCAGAUAGCUGAAGUCAGUAAAGAGGUGACUAAUGUUAAGGAUCGCAUUGAGGCUUUUGGAGAUUCUUCUAAUCUUCAAAUUGAUGACAAGGAGAAAGUUGCCAUUGGAGAGACCAUAAGGAGACUAUUGUUGAAAUUGGAUACUAUACAGGUAUGUGAAUCUGAGAUAGCUAACAAAUUUCACUAUCUGGUCUAUUAUAAAUGAUGUCUGAUAUGGUUU